CCUCUGAAACUCUUGGCAGGGCCAUGACCGUUCUUUACACUUCCCGCUGUCAUGGCUGCCGUGAGUAGAGUGUGUCCCCUGAAUCAGGGUGGAAAUUCGUGGUCAAAAUGGCAAGUUGCCGUAGUAGUCGGUGCCCCUUUAGCUGUGGCCGGAGUCAGCUACUGGUAUUACAGAAGGUCAGGGAAAAAUCGCAACCGAAGCCUGUCCGGUACUUCAACGAACGGGAAACCAACCUCAAAGGCUUCCUCCAUGGACGGGCCGGAACUCAACACGCUGGAAUCAAUUGAAUCAUUGGUUGCCAACGAGAAGGACCCCUUUAAGAAAGCACAACUUUACAAAAAUGAAGGCAACAAGCACUUCAAGGCUGGAAAAUAUGAUGAUGCUAUUGUGAUGUAUUCAAAAGCUAUUGAGGCAUGUCCUAGCACAGAAAAAUCGGAUGUGUUUUAUCAAAAUCGUGCUGCUGCUUAUGAACAACUGCGAAAUUAUUCAAAAGUGAUAGAAGAUUGUUCUGUGGCUCUAGAACUUAAUCCUAGAUAUGUUAAAGCUCUGCAGCGUAGAGCUAAAGCAUUAGAGCAGAGUGAGGAUUUGGCACAAUGCUUGGAAGAUGUAACAGCUGUCUGCAUUCUUGAAGGAUUCCAGAACCAAUCCUCAAUUGUGCAGGCCGACAGAGUCCUGAAGGCCUUAGGCCGUAAGCAUGCCAAGGAGGCACUCCUGAAUCGCAAGCCACAAAUGCCGUCUAGAUACUUUAUCCGAACUUUCCUGUCAGCAUUUAGUGAAGAUCCAAUUCAGAAGCUUAUUAAGGCCGAGUUGACACCUGAAAGGCUUUCUUCAGAAGAUCUUGCAUCAAAAAAGGGCUUUGAAAAGGCCAAGCAUGCCUUUGCUGUUGGGGAGUAUGACCAGAUUGUUGCAGCUUGCACAGAGGAAAUUGAUUCAGUUGAAGCUGAUGGAGGCAGUGCUAUGGCUGCUCUUCUACUUCGAGGCACUUUCUAUUUAUGGCUCGGGGAAAUUAAAAACUCUUUGGCAGACUUAGAAGCAGUCAUUGAAAAUGACAUGGCUGACAAAAAAUUGCGUGUCAAUGCUUUAAUCAAAAGAGCUUCCUUGCAUGUGCAAAUGGAUGAUCCAAAUCGUUCGUUUGAGGACUUCGAGCGAGCUGCUAUUCUUGACCCCGAGAACUCGGAUGUUUAUCACCACCGUGGGCAGAUGAAUCUUCUGCUGGAAAAGGCUGAAGAAGCCAAAAAAGAUUUUGCCCAUGCUGUAGAACUAAAUCCAACCUUCCCCAUUGCUUAUGUGCAAAAAUGUUACAUCGAUUAUCGCUUCAGUUCUGGGGCAAAUGAUCCAUCAGCUUUCAAAAUGGCCAAGAAAAGCUUUGAAGAAGCAAUAGAACGGUUCCCUGAUUGCACAGAAACUUACAUGUUAUAUGCUCAGGUGCUCACUGAUAAAGGCAAUUAUGAAGAAGCUGACAAGUAUUUUGCUAAAGCCAUUAAGCUGGAUCCCUCUAAUGGUACCCUGAUGGUCCACAGAGGCCUCUUACAACUGCAGUGGAAGAAUGAUGUUGAGAAAGCACUCAAAUUGAUUGAGGAAGCUAUCAGCCUUGAUGCCAAGUGUGAAUUCGCAUAUGAAACUCUUGGCACCAUUGAAGUCCAGAGGGGUAACUUGAAGAGGGCUGUUGAACUGUUUGAUAAAGCUAUUCCCCUUUCAAAAACAGAGUUUGAAAUGUCUCAUCUCUAUGCAUUGCGUGAUGCGGCUGUUGCUCAAGAAAAAGUUGCAACGAAGUUUGGCUUGAACAUGGGGGUAUGAUGAAAUUGAAGAAAAAGGGCUUCCUUUUUGUGGAAAAUAAAUAGUUUAACCCCUGUUACUUAAUGGCAGUGUACUGGCUGUGUGAAUUGGACAUUUAUCCCUUUUAUGCAUUUCAUUUUGUAGGAAUUCUUUUUCUUUUACAACUACUUUUUUUUUUCCUUUAGACCUGUUUUCUUGUAACUAUUUUAACUGCUAGGAUGUUGUAUGUUUAAUUAUAUGAUACGCUGUGUUCA